CAAGGUUCAGUCAGUCGCAAGCGGUCCUUCAACCAGCGAGGUUCAGCGGUUCAACUGUUCAACUGCCAGUGUAGACAAGUUUAGUGAAUGAUCACUGAGACUUGUGACGCGGGAACCUCGGCAUGUUGCUACCCCUGAUCCUCAUACUGUUGUCGGGGUGUGCUGCGCCCCAGAAGACUAGAGAUCCUGCCAAGAGAGCGCUCUAUCGCCUGGAGAAGAUUGACGUCGACAAUAUGCUCAACAAUAACAGGAUCAUGACCAACUACGUCAAGUGCUUUGUGGGGAAGGGUGCGUGCUCACCAGAGGCAAGGGAUUUUAGAAAAUUGAUUCCCAAACUGACCGCUACGGCUUGUGGCGAUUGCACUCCCAAUCAGAAGAAAAUCAUCAAGAAGAUCUUCCUGUUUAUGUACUUUGAGCGAAGUAGUGAUUGGAAGGUCCUACAGGAGAGGUAUGAUCCCAACCGCAAGUUUGAGGCAAAGGUCUGCGAGUUCAUGGGUAUAGAGAAGGACAAGAAAACUGUAAGUGAAAUGAGCACAAACGUGACGAAAACUGAAGAGAAAACGUGAAUUAAAUCAAUCCUGGUGAAGACUACAAGACUGUUUUGUACAUAUUUAGAAUUAAAACUUUAUUUUAUUGUUUAUAA